AUGGAAACACACUCCUCCGAAAAAAAACAGCCCGCAUGCAUUUCGAACAAGUCUGCAAAACACAAGUCAUCGGAAAAUAUUAAAAAGCUUAAAGAACGGAUCAUUCAAACCAAUCAGUUGCUAAACCUUUUUAAAACGAAAGAAAAAGAACUUGCACAAUACAAAGAAAGUAUUGCAUUGCUUGAACAAAAUCAAACAAAAUCAAAAGCACAGUUAGCAUUACUAAACAAAGAAAUUGAAGUUUUUCGUAAAGCCGCCCAGCAAUUUCGCACUGAAGCUGAAAAUUUAAAGCAAGAAUUGGAUCAAAAAGAUAUUCAAUUAAAAGAUCAUUCUACGAUGACAAUUGAAAUUAAACGGCUUCGAUCCGAAAAUGACAAAUUAGGAAAACGAGUAAAAUCACUUGAAAUCCUAAAGGACCAAUUGGAAUUUAAAGUACAAGAAAGUGAUGCUACGAACGAUAUGCGAGAAAAUCAAAAAAAAGAAAUUUCCCGAUUGAAAAAAGAACUUGAAAAGAAAGACGAGUUAUGCAAAAAAAGUCAAUCCGCAAAAGAAAUAUUAGAUACAAAAGUUAAAAAACUUCAAAAAGAAGUUGAUAAUUUAAAUGAGCUAUUGCUCGAAUAUAAAUCUGAAACAAAUACAUUAAGAGAUGAAAAAAAUGAAAAAGACACAAUUAUCGAAUCUUUAAAUCAGCAAUUGGAAGAUUUAAGUCACCAAGCAACAAAUGUUGAUGAAUUGAACCAAGAUAUUAAUGAACUCAAAAUCCAAAUACAGGCGGCUCAUGAUGAAAAUAUAAAAAAACAACGAGAAUGUAGUCAGCAUUCCAAAGCACUGUGCAAGCUCAAAAGACAAAACACAAGCAUUGAAGAGCUGAAGCGUGAAAAUCUUGAUCUUCAAAAUAAACUACAAGAAGCUCACAAACAAAUAUCAAACAUGUGUAAUGAAAAUAACAGGUCUGGAAAUGCCAUACACGAAGAAAGUAAUACCAGUCAACAUGUUAUUGUGCUGAGGGCUUUACAAGAUCUCGUAACAUCACAGCAAGUUGAAAUUUUACAGCUACAAACGUCAAGAAAAUCAGAUGCAUUUGCACGCGUCAAUGCCAUAGAGGCACUGUAUAGUAAACCAGCUAGUGCAAUAUUACAAGAUCAAUCAUUUCAAACGUCUUCUGUUUGUGAUGCAACUGUGUCUCCUAUCACCGAUAAUACGGAAAUUGGUUCGAAUUCUUCAACAGUUGCGGAUGCCGAAAAUUUAAUAUCGCAAGUAAAAGAAAUAAAUCGAACAAUCGUCCCACAAAGAAAAGUAAGCCAAAUAAAAAAGAAAUCUAUUGAUCAGCCUUCAGCAAAAACAAAAUUAAUUGAAGAAAAAAAUCAAGGAAGAAAAAGAAAGAGCCUUGACAAAACUAUAUCAUCCUCACCAAAUAUGAAUCCUAAAAUCAAGACAGAUUCAUUAAAAAGGAGAAAAACUAUUAUUAAGCCUAGGACUAAACUGAAAGUGACUGAAAUAUUAAGUCAUAUUGACGAUUUGGCUUUCAUAAAGGAAAAAUUAUUUGAUUUUGGAUGUCCUUCUCAAGAAGCGAUUCGGUCGAUUGACGUGUUUCGUCAAUUUGCAUUUGAGAAAAGUCCUGUUCUUUUUCAAGCAGUUGAUGAGUUGCUCCAUUACAUAGAUACACCUUUGUAUCUAGGUGAUAUUUAUAAUAACGACCAACUGAAAAUUUAUACACGAGCAAAUUCUCUUUCCAUACAACUACCUGCAGUAUUGCCUUCAAAAGAAACAAACGUAAUACUGUUUUUAUGGCUUCUAUUUGUCGAGUUUCCAUCGAGUAAAUUGAUCGAUAAGAUGUUGCUUUGGACUAAUGAAAAAAUCAUGGUCGCAGGAAUUUUAGGAGAACCACUUGAUUUGGCAAUUAUUAAUGAUAUUCAGCGAGCUCGCACAUUAUGUUAUGAUAUCAUGCGCGAAAAAACAAAUAAUGACUCAAUUCAUUAUUUCAUGGAAAAUACUGCUAGAAUAUGGCCAAAUGUUCUUAUGGUCUCGAUUAAUAAUAGGAAACUAGAAUCUUUCAAAAUAGAUGAGUCAUUUGUGAUACGUACUAUAGAGAGUAUUAUUGCUGGGAUAGUUCUUGAGAAGAUGCACGAUGAAUCGGUCUAUAAACUUUACAAUACCUUUGUUCGGCUCUGCUCUUGGGAUGAACCGCACCAAGCUCCAUUUUUGAAAGAAAUUUUACAAUAUUUAGCAGAAAUUUUGAACUCUGAAGAAUUUCAUAAUAAAUGCUGUAACGAAUAUGAUCAAGAAAAAUUUCAGGAAUACCGUUUCAAUCUUGUAAAGUCUUUUGAGUUAGCUGCUUGUUGGUGGUGCUGGGAUGAUGUGCAUUCAAGAUAUGUUUCAAAAAUUUUAUGGCCAUUGGUAAAGAAUGAAAAAGGAAAGGAUAUUCCGUUGGAGAUUAUUGGUGCAGUUUGCCGUCCACGAUUGUUUGAACAAACAGAAAAGGAGGGUGUAGCCGAAAUUAGGCGGCGAAUGAAAAGUGCGCUGAACCCACAUAGCCCUGUGUCUUUUUUAUUACAAGUCCAGUCUGCACAAGUAUUGAUUAAGCUCGCUAACGGUGAUCCAAGGCAUUAUCGUGAUAUCCUAUCUUGGUAUCUGCGAUUGGAAAAUGACAAAGUGCAAAGGUUACCACGAUUAUUUAUUAAUGAUUUGGAAUAUAUGCGAUCUUUUUCAUAA